AUGACCGACAAAUACCGCCUCCCACUAGAACUCGAAGAGCUGUCGAUUUGUGAGAUUGAAAACCAUGGGUCGCAGCUGACCUUUUUCGAAACACUUGCGGAGAUCGAGGGUCAUUUCUCAAAGCUCGAUGAGAAUAGCCGUAUCCAUGCAUAUCUGCUCAAGAGAGCCCGAGAAGCGUUUGAAUCGAACCACGCCAUCUUCAAGACGGAGGCCUUCAUCGAGAGCAUUGGCGGCGCAGAGUUGCACAAGUUCAUGAUGGCUUGUGUGAUUGAGCUUUACCACGAGAAGGUUUCGUGCAUGAUUGACACAGAGACGGAAUUGAAGCAAAGACUGGUCCAGCACAACGGUCUCGUGCAGGGAGAGUCGGUCGAAGACGAUGUUCUCGAGCAGAGUGUCAAUGACCAGGAACACUCCACAACUCAACAUGACACUUUGUCCAGCGACGACUUCUGUACAAUCAGCUGCCCAUCUUCGGGGUGUCCCGUCGAUGUUUCCUUGGACGAAACAGUCUCCACUGAGCAGUACUCCGUCCCCGACGUCUCGAUUCCAGAGCUUCCUGUUGAGGUGGCCAUAGAGGCACCAAUACAAGACCCUGAAUUGGAUGCGCCGAGACUAGGCGCGGAAGACGGUGCUGCGAGUGCGGUCAUGCCGGAUCCUGAACCAGUGCCUGCCAUUGACCCGUUCGCGGGCCUCAGUAAGAUGCGUCGGAAGAAGCUUGAGAACAAAUUGAGAAGGGAGGCAGCUGCUAAGGCUUUCGAAGACGAGCGCUUACACACCGAGGCUGAGGAGUGCUUCGCCUCGGACGCUUCGGUUCCGGAACUUUCCAUUGAUGCCGUCAUUCCAGAUCCUAAAAAUGUAUAUGUCGAUGAUCCAUUUGCAGGCUUUACCAAGUCGCAGCGGGAAAGACAGACGCAGAUUAUCGACGAGGCAGUUACCAAGGCCAUUGAAGAGGCAGUUAUUAAGGCCAUCAAACGCGAGCGCUUGCGCGUUGAGGCAUAG